AAAGAAAGUAAUAUGCUCGUCGAUGAAUGAGUGGUUUAUUGACAAUUCAGUGCUUCUGCAGAAACCGGGCGCGCAACAUGGCUCGACACCUUUCACGACUAUUCACAAAUGUAUUGUUCACGUUCGUUGUGUUAGAAGUUCGAGGAAAACAAGUGCACAAACGAAGUUUAACGGAUGUAAAAUGUCACGAAAAUGGAAGGUUUUACAGAAAUCCAGAUCGAUCAGAAGACACACUGUGGACAAAAGACGAAUGUGCCAAAUACUACUUAUGCCUGGAUGGUGACGUAUUCGAGUUCCACUGCUCACCGGGCCUGCUAUUUGACGUCAACCGACAGCUCUGCGACAUGCAGCAAAAUGUACACAACUGCGAUCUCACUACAGAGACAAAAAUACCGAAACCGCUUUUGGAUAUGGCGAGUUGCGCGAACGACACACACAUCGGAUGUUCAGACGGUACAUGCCUUCCAGCCGUAUACUUUUGUGAUGGCUCAAUAGAUUGCGCCGACUCUUCAGAUGAAGGUUGGUGUGAUAUUAACUACGACCCUAAUGCUGCAGAACCAUGCGACGUAAACCUUUGUCAAUUGCCGGAGUGCUUUUGUACUAGAAACGGUACUGACAUACCAGGAAGUCUCGUCCCUAGUCAGACUCCUCAAAUGAUAACUUUAACUUUCAAUGGGGCAAUCAAUCAUGAAAAUUGGGAUAUAUUCACAAAACAUCUAUUUACAUCAGACAGGAAGAAUCCCAACGGAUGUCCUCUUAAAGCAACUUUCUUCAUUUCACAUCCGUACACAAACUACCGACACGUACAAAAACUGUGGAAUGACGGACAUGAAAUAGCAGUUAAUUCGAUAACUAAUCGUGGACCAGAAGAAUGGUGGGCGAAGAAUGCAACCGUGGAAGAAUGGUUUGACGAAAUGGUCGGACAGGCGAAUGUUAUAAACAGAUUUGGUAGAGUUCGCAUGGAGGACUUCAGAGGCAUGCGCGUGCCGUACCUAUCGGUAGGAUGGAAUCGUCAGUUCCUAAUGAUGCAAGAGUUCGGUUUCGUGUACGAUGCGACGGUUGUCGCUCCGCUUACCGAUCCUCCGUAUUGGCCCUACACGUUAGAUUAUAAAAUGCCUCAUAAGUGCACAGGUAACAAUCAAUAUUGUCCAACGAGAAGCUACGCAGGUCUUUGGGAGAUGGUCAUAAAUCCAUUGGCUAAUGGGGACCACACAUGCGCUACCUUAGAAUAUUGCCCCUCUACACUAUCCGGAGAUGAAGUCUUCGAUAUUCUCAUGCACAACUUCAAGAGACACUAUUUGAAAAACAGAGCGCCAUUUGGAAUUCACUUAAACUCUUUAUGGCUGAAGAAUAAUGAGUACUUAGCAUCAUUUAAGAGAUUCUUGACUGAGUUACAAAAAUUGCCAGACGUAUACUUUGUUACAUACAAGGAAGUGAUUGAAUGGAUAAAGCGACCCACGCCGGUUCUGCAGCUGAAGAAAUUCCAGCCGUGGCUAUGUUAUGAUCGUCAGUUUGAGGAUUUCGAAGUUGCUUGCAACAAGCCGAAAACAUGUAAACUAUCUUCAAAAAUACUUGAGCAUGAUAAGUACAUGAUGACAUGUGCUGAUUGCCCGAAAAGCUACCCUUGGAUUAGAAACGAAUUUGGUUAUGAUUGAAAAAAAUAGCAAUAACCAUAAAUAAUAUAAAACAUUAAUUCUCGCGUAUCAUUAGCUCUCUCAGAUGUUUCUAAAAAUGUUUUGUAAAUAGUAAAGUAACUAAAUAAAAACUUGAUGCUCAGUUACCGAAAGUAAGAUAAAAUAAUAUAUUUUUAGGUAUUUAAAUAAAUGUUUAAAACUAAAUAACAUAAUUAUAUAAUUUAAACACCAAUAAAGUUUCACUUACCCAUUGUAAAAUGCAGAUAUUGUAAGUUAAGUCUCUUGACACAUCACAAAAUUAACCAAGUAAAAUUUUUUGUUUUACUAAAAUUGUUGUUUGUAUUAAUUUGUUUUAAGUAAUAAUAUGUAAGUGAACAAAGUGGGAAAUUAUGUGCAAUAAUUUGUUAAGUUGAAGUUGAUAAUAAAUUAUUUUUGUAUUA